AUGGCUCCUCUCCCCAUCAAGUUUACGGAGCUGCUACAGUUGACGAACGCAGAGAUUGAGCCAUCGUCAAUCGGUUUCAACUCAUGUACCUUAGAGUCCGACCACUACAUUUGCGUGCGACAGAAGGUCAGCGAGACCGACAAACCUCAGGUUAUCAUCAUCAACCUCAAAAACAACAAUGAGAUUAUCAAGCGUCCGAUUAAUGCAGACAGUGCCAUCAUGCACUGGUCUCGAAAUGUUAUUGCGUUGAAGGCACAGUCGAGAACAAUUCAGAUCUUCGACCUGUCGGCAAAGCAGAAGCUCAAAUCCGCUUUGAUGAACGAGGAUGUCGUAUACUGGAAAUGGUUCAGCGAGACCAGCUUGGGUUUAGUCACGGACACCUCUGUCUGGCAUUGGGACGUCUUCGACCCUAACCAGCCCAAUCCAGUGAAGCAGUUUGACCGACUUCCCAAUCUCAGCGGAUGUCAAAUUAUCAACUACCGAGUGAACGAUGAGGAGAAGUGGAGUGUAGUGGUUGGCAUUAGCCAGCAACAAGGACGCGUUGUUGGAUCAAUGCAACUAUACUCCCGCGAACGGGGUAUCUCCCAGUCCAUUGAGGGUCAUGCCGCAGCUUUCGCCUCGAUAAGAGUUGAGGGUUCUCCUUUAGAACAUAAGCUCUUCACCUUCGCUGUUCGCACACAAACGGGCGCCAAGCUGCAAAUUGCGGAGAUUGACCACCAGGAACCAAACCCGCGCUUCCAGAAGAAGGCAGUAGAAGUGUUCUUCCCUCCCGAAGCCACGAACGAUUUCCCGGUUGCCAUGCAAGUCUCCAAGAAGUACGACAUUGUCUACCUUGUCACUAAGUACGGUUUCAUUCACUUGUACGAUCUGGAGACCGGCACUUGCAUUUUCAUGAACCGAAUCUCCAGCGAGACGAUCUUCACAACAGCUCCCGACUCCGAUUCGACGGGCCUUGUUGGUGUUAACCGCAAGGGUCAGGUAUUAUCCGUGAGCCUGGAUGAGAGCACAGUCAUCCCAUAUUUGAUGGAGAACCCGGCCAUGUCUGGCCUUGCUGUUAAGCUGGCUUCUAAGGCCGGCUUACCCGGUGCCGACCACCUUUACCAGCAGCAGUUCGACAAUUUACUGGCUCAAGGCAACUAUUCCGAAGCAGCCAAGAUUGCAGCCAACUCACCACGUGGCUUCCUGCGUACCCCGGAAACAAUCAACCGCUUCAAGAAUGCUCCCCAAGGUGGCCAACAAAUGUCCGUUAUUCUGCAGUAUUUCGGUAUGCUCCUCGACAAGGGCAGUCUCAACCGUUACGAAAGUUUGGAGCUCGUGCGACCUGUUCUCCAGCAGAACCGGAAACACUUGUUGGAGAAGUGGAUGCGUGAGAAUAAGCUAGAGGCUUCAGAGGAGCUCGGUGACCUUGUCCGACCACAUGACAUGGGCUUGGCUCUGCAAAUCUACUUGCAAGCAAAUGUUCCCCCCAAGGUCGUGGCCGGAUUCGCUGAAACAGGCCAGUUUGAUAAGAUCCUGCCAUACGCAAAGCAAUCUGGCUAUCAGCCUGACUUCACCCAAUUGCUCCAACAUAUUGUGCGUUUGAACCCUGAGAAGGGAGCCGAAUUUGCGGCACAACUCGCCAAUGAGGAGACUGGUGCUCUCGUUGACCUUGAUCGUGUUGUAGAUGUUUUUCUUUCUCAGAACAUGAUUCAGCAGGCAACAUCAUUCUUGUUGGAUGCAUUGAAAGACAACAAGCCUGAGCAGGGACAUCUUCAGACUCGCUUGCUUGAGAUGAACCUCAUAAAUGCUCCUCAGGUCGCAGAUGCGAUUCUUGGAAAUGAAAUGUUUACCCAUUAUGACAAGGCUAGAAUUGCGCAACUAUGCGAGAACGCGGGUCUCAUUCAGCGAGCACUCGAGAACACAGAUGAUCCAGUCGCUAUUAAGCGCAACUUGGUCCGAACUGACAAGUUGAACCCUGAGUGGCUGAUCAAGUACUUUGGCCGUCUCUCCCAAGAGCAGGCUCUUGAGGGUCUAGAUGAAAUGCUUCAUUCAAACAUUCGUCAAAACUUGCAGGCUGUUGUCCAGAUUGCAACUAAGUUCUCCGAUCUUUUGGGCAACAACCGUCUCAUUGACCUCUUCGAAAAGUACCGUACAGCCGAAGGUCUUUACUAUUACUUGGGAAGCAUUGUCAACCUCAGUGAAGACCCGGAAGUGCACUUCAAGUACAUUGAAGCAGCAACUGCAAUGGGUCAACUGACCGAAGUCGAGCGCAUUUGCCGUGAGAGCAACUACUACAACCCCGAGAAAGUGAAGAACUUCUUAAAGGAGGCAAACCUUACGGAGCAGCUCCCAUUGAUCAUUGUCUGCGAUCGAUUCAAUUUCAUUCAUGACCUGGUCUUGUAUCUCUACCGCAACCAGCAGUACAAGUCGAUUGAAGUUUAUGUCCAACGGGUGAAUCCUUCACGUUCUCCUGCUGUGAUUGGAGGUCUUUUGGAUGUCGACUGUGAUGAAGCUAUUAUCAAGAACUUGCUUGCUACAGUUGAUCCUUCUCAGAUCCCAAUCGAUGAGCUUGUUCAAGAAGUGGAGUCCCGAAACCGUCUCAAGCUCUUGCUACCAUUCUUGGAGAGCACUCUGGCAACUGGAAACCAGCAGCAGGCAGUGUACAAUGCGCUUGCCAAGAUCUACAUUGAUAGCAACAACAACCCCGAGAAGUUCCUGAAGGAGAACGAUAUGUAUGACACCUUGAUUGUCGGUAAAUACUGCGAGAAGCGCGAUCCCAAUCUGGCAUAUAUCGCAUACAGUAAAGGACAAAAUGACUUGGAGCUUAUCAACAUCACGAACGAGAACGCAAUGUACCGUGCUCAGGCUCGCUACCUCUUGGACCGCGCAGAUCCCGAGAUCUGGUCUUUCGUUCUCAAUGAGAACAACAUUCAUCGCCGUUCUGUCGUUGACCAGGUUACAGCUACAGCUGUGCCUGAAUCUACAGAACCUGACAAAGUGUCUGUUGCAGUCAAGUCGUUCCUUGACGCUGAUAUGCCUGCUGAACUUAUUGAGUUGCUUGAAAAGAUCAUUUUGGAGCCCUCACCUUUCAGUGACAACAGCAGUCUGCAGAACUUGCUUAUGCUUACUGCCGCCAAGGCCGAUAAGGGCCGCUUGAUUGACUACAUUCACAAGCUCAAUGAGUUCAAUGCUGAUGAGAUUGCUCAAAUGUGUAUUUCUGUCGGUCUAUACGAGGAAGCUUUCGAGAUCUACAAGAAAGUUAACAAUCACACUGCCGCCACCGAUGUCUUGGUUGAGAAUAUUGUCAGCAUUGACCGUGCCCAGGAGUAUGCCGAACGUGUCGAGCUUCCUGAAGUUUGGAGCAAGGUUGCAAAGGCACAAUUGGAUGGUUUGCGAGUUACCGAUUCUAUCGAGUCAUACAUCCGAGCCAAUGACCCUUCAAACUACAACGAAGUUAUUGAGACCGCCACUCAUGCCGGAAAGGACGAAGACCUUGUCAAAUAUCUUAGAAUGGCCCGCAAGACACUGCGCGAGCCUGCUAUUGAUACCGCUCUCGCAUUUUGUUUUGCUCGUCUGGACCAGCUGUCCGAGCUUGAAGAUUUCUUGCGUGCUUCCAACGUUGCUGAUAUUGAGGCAUCUGGUGACAAAGCAUAUGAGGAAGGCUUCCAUGAAGCUGCUAAGAUCUUCUACACAAGCAUCUCUAACUGGGCUAAGCUGGCAACUACUCUUGUGCAUCUUGAAGACUACCAGGCUGCAGUUGAAUGUGCUCGCAAGGCCAACAGUGUUAAGGUCUGGAAGCAAGUCAAUGAAGCAUGUGUCAACAAGAAGGAAUUUCGUCUCGCUCAAAUUUGCGGUUUGAACCUUAUCGUCCACGCUGAAGAGCUCAGUGACCUCGUCAAACAAUACGAGCGCCACGGAUAUUUCGACGAGCUCAUUUCCCUCCUUGAAGCCGGCUUGGGAUUGGAGCGUGCUCACAUGGGCAUGUUCACCGAGUUGGGUAUUGCUCUCUCCAAGUACCACCCCGACCGGGUCAUGGAGCAUCUCAAGCUGUUCUGGUCUCGUAUCAACAUCCCUAAGAUGAUCCGUGCUACUGAGGAGGCCAACUUGUGGCCUGAACUCGUGUUCCUUUACUGCCACUACGAUGAAUGGGAUAACGCUGCACUUGCCAUGAUGGAACGCGCUGCGGAAGCCUGGGAGCACCACUCUUUCAAGGAUAUUAUUGUCAAGGUUGCCAAUCUUGAGAUCUACUACCGCUCCCUCAACUUCUAUCUUCAGGAACAGCCUUUGUUGCUCACUGAUCUCCUACAAGUUUUGACUCCACGUAUUGACGUCAGCCGUGUUGUCCGCAUUUUCCAGUCAUCAGACAACAUUCCCCUCAUCAAGCCGUUCUUGCUCAGUGUCCAGGGCCAGAACAAGCGUGCUGUUAACGAUGCUAUCAAUGACUUGCUCAUUGAGGAAGAGGAUUACAAGACCCUGCGCGAUUCAGUAGAAAACUACGACAACUACGAUCCUGUAGAGUUGGCUCAGCGUUUGGAGAAGCAUGACCUGGUCUUCUUCCGCCAAAUUGCCUCCAGCAUCUACCGCAAGAACAAGCGUUGGGAGAAAUCGAUUGCUCUGUCGAAGCAAGAUAAGCUCUUCAAGGAUGCUAUUGAGACUGCGGCAAUGUCAGGAAAACCAGAUGUUGUUGAGGAAUUACUUCGCUAUUUUGUUGAUAUCGGUAGCCGUGAAUGCUACGUCGGCAUGCUGUACGCAUGUUACGAUAUUAUUCGCCCAGAUGUCAUCUUGGAGAUCUCGUGGCGCCACGGCUUGAACGACUUCACGAUGCCAUACCUCAUCAACAUGAUGGCUCAGCAAACGAUUACCAUCGAGCAACUAAAGAAGGAUAACGAGGAACGCAAAGCCAAGGAAACCACCCACCAGAAGGACGAAGAUACAGGCCCAAUCCUUGGAUCCCGCCUGAUGCUCACCCAGGGUCCCGCCUCCGGACCUGGACCUGUUCCUUUCCAGGCCAACGGUAUUACACCUCAAGUCACAGGAUAUCGCGCAUUCUAAGGAAGUGGUGGCCAACCGGAAACUGGCAAUUGUUGAGCAUUUUUCUCCCUAAUUCUUCAUGUGUAAUCAAUCAGACAUUCAAUGACAUUGUAAUCUAGCUAGCUAUGGAAUAAUGCCGCUCAGGUUUCUUUUUUCUUUCCUUUUCUUCAUGAGUGAAAACAAUAUUCAAAAAUGGUUUUAGGGAUGUUGUGUCACAUGACUGUUCUUAAAAAGGGAAAAGCCUUGUGUCGCAGGAGGUCGGGGGUUGGGUCCUGUCUUUUUCUUUCUCAUGUUUGAUCAAUUCUAUUUUUCUAUUUCUCUUUCUCUUUCUGCGGUGUAUUUUGAGAUACAUAAUGUGAGGCUUUUCGAUAUUCAGUAG